AUGAGGACUUUUACUCACUUGAAUCUGUUUCCAGCUGGCUUGGGCUGUAGGGUUGGGCCGGUGGCUUUCACCAAGUCUCCUGACUUGGUCCCCUCUGGUUCUUGUGCUGCUGUUGCUCCGCUGCAGCCUCAAGCCUAUCUAGGGUUGACCUUUAAUUGGGGGGCUUUGUUAGGAUGGGCAGCAAUUAAAGGAAGUCUGGAUCCAUCUAUUGUGCUGCCACUUUAUGCCUUUGGAGUUUUUUGGACUCUUGUGUAUGAUACUAUCUAUGCACAUCAGGAUAAAGAAGAUGACCUGAAAGUGGGAGUUAAAUCAACAGCUUUACGCUUUGGUGAUUUGACAAAGCAAUGGAUUACUGGUUUUGGGUUUGCAUGCCUUGGUAAUCUUGCUCUCAGUGGAUUUAAUGCUGAACUAGGUAUCUGA